AUGAAGCUUGUGCUUUGUAAGCAGAUUUUAAAAUUUUCAAUAAUAUUCAUUGCUUAUGCAGAAUCAAAGAUUGAACUUGGAAUGAAUGCUCAAAAUUCGAUUUCAAACUUAAAAGCACUAAAUGAUGUGGUUGAUGAAUUUUUCAUUGGAACUGAGCCUUUCAACAUCCUUAUAACUGAAGCUAUUGAUUCAAAAUAUUCAGAUUUUCUACAUAAAAAGUUCUUAAGACAAAAUAAUGAAAAAUUUGCAUACGGCAUUAAUCAGAUGAAGGAACAAGAUAUUUUUCAUACAAUUUCGGCAAUUAUCUUUGUGUAUUCAUGUUUAUCUUACAAGCAAAUACACGGGAAUCAAUAUGUUCUAAAUUUUUAUUCAAGACCUAUCAACUUUCUUGUCUACGUCGAAAACUGCAGAUUGGACACACUCAAAAGAAAUUUAAAGCUUUAUAUUAAUCAACACAGUUUGUCUUUCUUGAUUAGUAUGAUAGAAGUGCUUGAACUAUUAUUGAUUGAUGAUAACGAUCUUCUGUACUUGGUGUCUGUCGAAUAUUUUACAGAAGAAGCUUGCGAUGAACCACAAUUGAAAAUUUUAAAUUCCUUUAACAAAACUACUCAAAAGUGGAACAAGAAGUUCCAAAAAUAUAAAAAAUUUCGAGAUUUUCAUGGAUGUGAACUGUUCAUGCUUGCUUCAAAUAAGACAUCUAUAUGGAUGGAUAUUAAAAUAUCUGGAAAUUCAAUCGAGCCAUUUGGAUUGAUUCCAAAAAUGUUUGAACUUAUUGCUAAGCAUGUCAACUAUGAGCCUAAGUACCGAUUUUCUUAUGUAAAAGAUUCUACUCUAUUUCCUUGCAUUGAAGGAUUUAAUGAAAUUUGUGUCAAUAAAACAAACAAGAAUCCAAAUGUAUGCUUUACAAUCUCCCGCUAUGAAGCUCAGACUAAUGAUGAUAGCAAUUAUCUUCAUUUUUCUAAACCUUUCUUGGAAGUUCGAGAAAUUGUUCUAACAACACCUGGAGAUCCUUAUUCAUCGUAUGAAAAGUUGCUGCUUCCUUUCGACAGACCAACUUGGAUUUUAUUAAUUUCAACAUUUAUUACUGCUUUUUUGGUUAUUUUUCUUAUUAAUUUCCUCCCAAAAACAGUUCAGGAUGUCCUUUAUGGAAACGUUAAAUCUCCAGCUUUGAAUGUCAUUAGCUCAUUUUAUGGAGUUCCACAGCCACAAAUUCCAACUCUUAGUUUUCCUCGAUUUAUUCUGAUGAAUUUCGUCCUGUUCUGCUUGAUUUUUCGAACUUGUUACCAAAGUAAGCUGUUUGAGUUUAUGACAAGUACGCCAAGACAUCCAGCACCAACCAGUAUGAAAGAUUUGGCAGAAAGGAAUUACAAAGUCUAUGUUCAAAAACAUGGUGUAAAAUAUACGAAAAGAAUUAUCAACACGGAUGUUAACUGGCCGGUACUCGAAUUCAUCGAUGACAAAGAAUUUUUUACAAUUAUUUUAAACUCAUCACAGGAUUCAUCAUCAAAGCUAGGCAUAAUCGUUCAAGAUUUAAUGAUUCCAUUUGAAGAGGUAAAAAAAGGUAGAACAUUAAAUUGGCACCAGCUUUCGGAUCCAACUUUAGUCACUAAAGCAGAUUUUGCUUUUUAUUUGAAUAAUUUUUAUUUGAAAGUCAUGGACAGAGUUUUAAAUGCUUGGAUCCCGACUGGAAUCAUGGAUAAAAUUGUUGAAAAUUUUUUGGGUGUUAAAAGAAAGUUUAUAGCUUCUAAUAAGCCAAGUAUCUUAACUGUUGAUAAGCUAAGCUUUGGAUUUACAAUUUGGCUUGGAUGUUGUGGAUCGUGCGGCUUAGUAUUUGCGAUAGAAAUUGGAUAUUUCAUUAUUAAGUCAAAUUUGCGACCUAAAAACGUUAAAUUGAGGUUAAAAAUUAGGAAAAUAAAGUUCUUGAAAGUUCAUCCUGUAAGUUCAAUCGUUACAUCUAAAGAUGUUGAAGAAUUAAGGAAAUUGGAAGAUAGAACUGCUUAA